AUGGGAAGGAACAACAGGAACAACUGGCGCUCGAGGAGAGGGAAUAAGGACGGACAAGGCUCUGAGUCGAAGGGCGCGGACACACGCGGCAGUGCAUAUGUCUCGAUCCCAACAGAGAAUGAAAAAUAUGAGAAGUUUUACAAGGAGUCUGGCCUGAUCCCAGAAGAGGAAUGGGAGGAGUUCUGGAGCACGUUGAAGAGAACUUUACCGACUACCUUCCGGUUCACUGGGAGCAAAGGCAAUGCUCUAAACGUUUUGAAGACACUCCAAGAAGUUUACGUCCCCCAUCUCUCAGGAAUCAUUUGGGAAGGCCAACCCGUCGCGCCUCCCACCCCGCUCCCAUGGUUCCCUGACAAUCUUGCAUGGCAAAUGACCGCCGGAAAGGCAGUCAUCCGUCGCUGCGCUCCCUUCAAGAAAUUCCAGAAUUUCCUUGUCGCCGAAACCACAGUUGGUAACAUCUCUCGUCAAGAAGCAGUCUCCAUGAUUCCACCACUAUUGAUGGACAUUGAGCCGCACCACACUGUUCUUGACAUGUGUGCUGCCCCGGGAUCAAAGACGGCACAGCUCAUCGAGGCUAUUCACGCUGGUGAGGAAGCACGCGUCGAGGCGGCCGUUGCGCAGGGGGACAAGGUGCCCGAAGGGAGUCCUGACAGCGGCGGGAGACCUACUGGUCUUGUUAUUGCGAACGACGCAGACUACAGGAGGAGUCACAUGCUGAUUCAUCAGACUAAGCGUUUGAAUUCCCCGAACUUGAUCGUUACCAACCAUGAUGCGACAUGGUUUCCUAGCAUUCGGGUUAAGGAAGAGAACGGAGCUGUGGAGUACCUGAAGUUCGAUCGUAUUCUUGCAGAUGUGCCAUGUACUGGUGAUGGUACGCCAAGGAAGAACUAUGGCAUCUGGAGGGACUGGACUCCCAAUGGUGCUUUCAACCUGCAUCUCACUCAGGUCCGAAUCUUGGUUCGUGGGUUGCAGAUGCUGAAGGUCGGUGGAAGAAUUAUUUAUUCGACCUGCUCAAUGAACCCCGUCGAGAAUGAAGCCGUACUUGCUGCUGCUAUCGAUAGAUGCGGUGGUGUAGAAAAGGUGAACAUUGUCGACGUCAGUGACAGGCUGCCAGAGUUGAAGAGACGGCCUGGUGUGUCUGAAUGGAGAAUCUGCGACAAGGAUGGUGCCUGGUUCUCCACCUGGGAGGAGGUAGAAAAUGAUAAGAAAUCCGUGGAGCGAAUGAGCAGAAUGACAAGAGAGAUGUUCCCCACCGAGAACAAGAAACCCCUGGAUGACUCAACGAGGAUACCUCUUGAAAGGGCGAUUCGUGUCUAUCCCCAUCUUCAAGACACUGGCGGAUUUUUCAUCACAGUGUUAGAGAAGAAGCAGGAGAUCAGGGCGAUCAAGCCUGAGACAGGCGGAAGAAAGAAGAUGGCCGCCAUGGCCAAGGCCCAGGCAGGCAAAGAAAUUGAUGGGGAUGUAGCCAGCGAGGCUCCUGAGGCUGCUGAAGGCGCAGAAAUUACGCCCGGAGAAACACCUGCACCAGUUACCCCCGCUGUAGUAGAAGAGUCGGUGCCUUCUGAAGCUCCAGAAUCCCCCACAAAACGCAAAAUCGAGACUGUUGACGCCGCCCCUCCUACACCACCAGCGGCCAAGAAGACACGACUAGAGGAAACUGCUGAGGCAGAACCCAAGGGCGAAGCUUCUGAGCCAUGGGCUUCAAAGAAGACCAGUGAAAAGACAGAGGCCAAACAAGAAGGUGCUCCCCAAAAAGUGGGCAGGAAGAACGGCGGUCAACCAAUCGAGGAGCCUUUCAAGUAUCUCUCGCCCGAACACUCAGUAAUCAAGCAAAUAUUCGACUUUUAUAGUUUAUCACCACGCUUCCCCCGCGACUGUUUUCUCGUUCGCAACGCGGAGGGAAUCCCAAGUCGUGCAAUCUACUUCACGUGCAACCUGGCCAAGACCAUUCUCACCAUGAAUGAAGGGAAGAACAUUAAGUUCAUCCACUGUGGGGUCAAAGCGUUCUUCAAACAGGACGUCCAGGAGCCUGACGUAUGCCCAUGGAGAAUCCAGAACGAGGGACUUCCAAUCAUUGAAGGUUGGAUCGGCGAGGGCCGUGUUGUCCGCGCCAAGCAGAAGAGCACCGUCAAGGGUCUCCUCAAAGAGCUUUUCCCGAAGGUUAAUGCUGAGGGAUACGAAGGCGAUGCCAGUACUAUCGCGGAGAUUGAGGAACAGGUCAGAAACUUGAGCAUGGGAUGCUGCGUUCUCAAGGUCGAGAAGGGCACUGGAGAGGAAUCAUUUGCGGACCCUCUAGUCCUGCCAUUGUGGAAGAGUCGUCACAGCUGUAACCUCAUGUUGCCUAAGGAUGAGCGAAAGGCAAUGUUGAUGCGUCUCUUCAAUGAUGAGGGAGAAAUCAUUGACUCAACCAACAAGAACAAACACUCCUUUCAGAAGAAGCCCGACACCUCAGUUGACACAGAAAUGGCCGAGGUCGAGGAAGGGAAUGGUGAGGGCUACGGUGAAGAGGAACCUGGAAUGGGUGAACCGAUGCCUAUGAGUGUCUUCGAGGAACCCACUUCAAAGGUGCUUGAAGAGAAUGACGUCAAAGAAAUUGUCAAAGAAAAAGAGGACAAACGCGAGGUCGGUAUUUUGAAGAAAGAGGUUUUGCAAGGCUCGGAGGAGGCGGCAGCUGAAAAAAUGAUAACUGAGGAGAUUAUGAAGGAGGAGCUUGGCGAUGCUUCCGUGUAA